AUGGCAGCUGCUGAACUUAAUGAUAAUAAAAAGACGAGACUGGUGCUGAUCUUGGUCAUAUCUUUAGUUUGUGGAAUGCUCAUCCUUGGCUUCUUGAUCUCAAGUCUCAUCAAGAAAAGAGAAUUGAAAAGAGCGUUUGAUAUCGAUGUGAAAGAUAUAGAGCUGCCAAUGUUUGAUCUGACUACAGUUACUAAUGCAACUGAGAACUUCUCAUUAACAAAUAUGCUUGGAGAAGGUGGUUUUGGAAUCGUGUACAAGGGUACAUUAACAAGCGGGCAAGAAAUUGCAGUGAAAAGACUCUCAAAGAAUUCUGGACAAGGUCUUCAAGAGUUUAGGUGUGAAGUAAAUCUGAUUGCGAAACUUCAACACCGGAAUCUUGUCAGGCUCUUGGGAUGUUGCCUUGAAGGAGAUGAAAGGAUGCUAAUUUACGAAUAUAUGCCCAACAAAAGCUUGGACCAUUUCAUUUUCGAUCAGCAUAGAAAAACAUUGAUUACAUGGAGAAAGCACUUUGAGAUUGUUAUGGGCAUAUCGAGAGGACUUCUUUACCUUCACCAAGACUCUACAUUGAGAAUCAUUCACAGAGAUCUUAAGAGUAGCAACAUUUUACUAGAUAAUAACUUGAAUCCCAAAAUUUCUGAUUUCGGCCUCGCAAGAAUUUUUGGUGGAGAUCAAACUGAAAGCAAAACAAAGAGAGUAGUUGGAACACAUGGCUAUAUGUCGCCUGAAUACGUUGUUGACGGGAAAUUUUCAGUGAAAUCCGACGUCUUCAGUUUUGGAGUGCUUUUACUAGAGAUAGUGAGUGGCAGAAAGAAUUGGAAAUUUCACCAUUCCGACCAUCAUCAUAAUCUUGUAGGCCAUGCAUGGAAAUUGUGGAAUGAAGGCAGGGCAUUGGAAGUAGCAAAUGACAUUGCUGAGCUAUUGUUGGUUGAAUCUGAAGUGCUUAGAUGUAUUCAGGUGGCCUUACUGUGUGUUCAAAAACUACCACAAGACAGGCCAACAAUGGCAUCAGUAGUCGUCAUGUUGAGCAACGAGAGCGUGACAUUACCACAACCUAAAGAGCCUGGUUUUUUUGUGGAAAGAAGUUGUGACGAAACAGACACAUUACCAUUCGAGGAAACAUGCCUCACUCAAAACGGGGUGACAAUAUCAGUGCUGGAAGCAAGAUAA